AUGCAGAUUUUUCCUAUUCAAUCCAUUGUUUCUCCUCUCACUAACACAACCCUAGUCUCUUUCCAUAAACCCUUUAAUUUAAGUCCUUUUUCCAUUAAGAAAAACCCCAAAUGGAAAGUUGCAGCUUUGGGUAGUGUUUUGAAGGCAAAUCAUGGUUUGCGAACCAAGAAGCGCAAUGUGGUAUGCUCAGCUGCUGAAAAGGGGGACUCGUGUAGUGAUGUGAAACGAAAAAGAAAAGUAGUUGAACACGUGUGUCUGCUCAAAGGAAAGGAGGACUUAUCUGAAGAACAGGAGAAAGAUAUGCUGGAUUAUCUUUAUACAACCCAAUAUCAAAUGCGUGGCAUUCUUUCCAUCUCAUUAGGACGCGUCUCUGGUGGGAAUGAUGAUAAAUAUAGCCACGCUAUCUACAUGCGCUUUCAAAAGAAGGAGGAUCUGUUGAAGUUCUAUGAGAACCAAUUCUAUGUGGGAGUCCUUAAGGACCAUGUAGUGCCUAACUGCCAUGAGAUUAUCAAUGCCGACUUUGAGUCUGAAGUAGAAGAUGACAUACUGUCAAUAUUUCGAAAAGGGGAGGAGUUCAACUAUGGCGUGGAGCUUGUACUUCUCAUAGCAUUUGAUAAGAGUUCUUUGGAUGGUCCUGCCGAAAAUGCUUUGCUCGCUCUGUCAAAACUGACAAUGGAGUUCCCAUCCUUGAUCGUUCAGGCUACUACCGGUUCGAAUUUUAACAUUUCCAGUGUAGAAUAUACUCAUGGUGUAGUAAUACGGUUUCGCUCUUCGGAGGCCUUCCAGAUGUUCAUGAACAGUACAGAAUACAAUAAUAUGUGGAGAUCAAAAUUACAGCCAAUUGUCCAAAAACAUCUUUCUGUUCCUUUCUCAAUUGAUCCAGUGGGCACAGAGCUUAUGUAGCAAAAAUUUCAUCCCGUUGGUUCACUUGUGCUCCUUUGGCCUCAGUUACAUAUAAAGCAUUUAAAAAUCUUAUUUUUUAUAUCGACCGACCAUGGUGGCUUUGAGAUGCCUUCACCACUUUGAAAUGCUUCUUCCAGGCAAACAGCAGGUAGGAAAGUACCAGUUGCCUCAUAUCAAGAUUGUCAUACAUCUGGGAAUUCACCUUGAAAUGCUUCAAAAUGAAAUGUUGGACUGCUUGGAGAACUUACUAAUAGAAUCUUCCUAUGUAGAUGUACUAUAGUACACGUUUUUCACAUUUGUAUCAUAAUGUAUCCGAUGGAUCGAAAAGCUAGCUGGUUUCUCCACCAGUAAGGCUAUAAUUGCUUAGGAUAGAAAAUAUGGGAGAAAAAUUUACAUUAUUGGCUGCUUUUGAAUCUAGCUAGUUGACUUCUUUGCAUCAGCCGCAGUUUUUGUUUUGAAUGGACAUAAUUUAAUCAAAAGUCGGUCAGUGAUCCCAAUGUGAUUGGUUACUAGCAAUAUUAGAAAUUUGUCUUUUGGCAUGUA